CGUCUCUUCGUAUACUGUAGUUUACCUGUGAACAGAGUGGCGCAUGGUCGCGUAUUUUUUCGAAGUCACUAAACAAUUUGUUUAUACGUUAUAAAGUAUUCGCGACAGUUACAAAAGCAACGCUGGAUUUAUAACAUAUUAGUGAUAUAUUAAAUAUUGAAGAAAAAAGUGAAAUACUAGUGGCACUAUAUGAAUUUAAAUGCUUUUAUUUGGAAAGCUACUUUUAAAAGGAGUUUGAAUAUUUCGAAGGAACACAAUAUAAAGGGAUAUACCAGUAUAUAUAUUUUCUUGCGGGAUUGUUUUUUACAGUGAUAGUGUUUUGAAAUAAGUAUUUGGGAUGUGAUUCGAUCAAAGAGAGGAGUUUUAUUUCGGAUAUAAAUCUCAUCAUUAUUAACACAAAUAACGUUUUUUGGUUUGAAGAUAGCAGUAAUAAUUGGACAGAUGGCGAAAUCAAGGCUGACAACUCUAAUUUUCAUUAUUUUUGUCCCAGGAUUAAUAAGUGGAAACGUUUGUGUAACGAAUGGCCCGCUGGGGAUGAUCACGGGUUCGAUACAGGACUGGCAAAUAACAGCCUCCUCAACAUAUCCACACGAAUGGGACAAGAAAUGUGCGGAGAAAUAUGCCCGGGUCUACCUCCCCAAUAAAUACGGCUGGUGCGCCAAGUACAAGUCUUCGUCCGAAUGGCUGAAAGUAGAUCUUGGAGUAGCAGCAAGGGUAACCGGAGUGAUGACGCAGGGACGUGGUGACGGCAAAGAAUGGGUGACGUCAUUCAAAGUGUCGUACAGCAUGGACGACUAUAAUGAACUUUAUGUUACCGACCAAUACAGCAAUCACAGGGUUUUUGAAGGCAACACCGAUGCCUACUCCGUCAAACACACGUACCUGGACCGGCCAAUCAUCGCUCGCUACAUCAAGUUCCACACGGUCCACUGGCACAGGCACCCCAGCAUGAGGGUAGAAAUUCUAGGAUGCCAGUUAUGCAAAGAAAGCAUCGGUCUUCCUCCAUACGGAAGAAUUACGACAUCCUCCAACGGAAAGAACAAAAGAAAGGACUCGUGUCAACCCGAGGAUGGGAACAUCUUGAGCAAGAAGGGCUGGUGUGCAAAGAGAAACAAUGUGAACCAAUGGUUACAAAUCGACGUUGGUCCGCCGACCCUUAUCACUGGCGUCAUGACCAAGGGGCGAGGGGACAGCAAAAAGAAGCACUGGGUUACCAGAUUCAAGAUCUCCUACAGCAACGAUACACAGAGAUGGUAUCAAUAUAAGGAUGCCCACAGCGUGGACCCUCGGCCUCAAAAUCCAUGGUUAUGGAACCCACUGUUCAAUAGAACCACUGCGCAAUUAAUACCUGACAUUUAUACAGACGACGGCCUGCUUUUCGGUGGCAACAAUGACAAGGACACUGUACGAGUUCACUACAUCAACUCCCCAUUUGUGGCGCGGUUCAUUCGAUUUCAUCCUCUGGAAUGGAACGGCAAAAUAAGCAUGCGUGCCGGCCUUCUUGGAUGUCCUCAUACAGCUGGAAAUUGUGGCGAGUCUUUCAUGCGUGUUAAUGAUGAUACCCCGUGUGUUGAAAAUCUGGCUUACAAGAAAGAGGCAUGGAUCAAUGGCAAAAAUCCAAAGAAAAGACAUGUCUCCCCGAAAAUAGAUCGAGGACACCCCGACAAAGCCGUGGAUGGGAAAAUCGAUUUCGAUCUCCAUGCCUGCACAAUACUGGACAAUCUGUACGGGGACACCCCUGUCUGGACCGUUGACCUUGGCGCAAAGACCUCAGUCUCGGGCAUUAUAAUUUAUACAUGGCAAGAGUCAGAAGGUCAAAUGGUUAAAGAAGGAACAGCUAUGAAGGACUACUUAAACAAUCUGGACAGAUUGGUGAUAUAUGUAGACAAUAAAUCUAAGGCAGAGGAUGCCUCUAGUGUAUCAGGGAACAUGUGUGGCUACGUUUCCAAACUAAAUGGUGCUUUAUUAUCACAUAAAAUUCACGUACAAUGCGUCCGACCACAGAAGGGCCGCUACGUUCUUGUGGAGGCCUGGGGGAGCCACAAUAGCUGGAGCAGACUCUUUAGCGCCGUUUUGUGUGAAGUUCUCGUGUAUGCGUGAUAUUUAUGUAUAUUUCAUGUGACUGUUACAUAUUUAUCAUAAACCAAAACAAAACGGGUACAAGUGCCAGGCAGUGUUGUGUAUUUCGCCACAUUUUCGUACAGUAUAUCAUUACAUGUGUAUGCCAAAAAUAUGGAUUGUGUGUGAUGCCUCUGAAACUGCCCUGGAUGUUGGAUUCACUAACCACUCCGGAUUAGUUAAUCCACUGAUAAACGUGCAUACGACAAAUUAUUGAUAAAAAAACUGUUUGCUGUGAUUUUGUUUUCAGACUUUGAAGACGACCUCAAUAAUUUGUCGUGAAAUCCGUACAAAGUAUUCAGCAAAAGCACAAGAAAAAAACCAGUGACGGUUUAUGUACGAUACGUCAUGUAGUUUACAAAAGAAACACUCGCAGAAGUGAUCUGAACGCUUGACCUUUCUAUGAGGUCACGUGAUGACGUCAUGUGAUAUCGCAGAAUUCGCAUUGUGUGUUGACUUUCUUUCGGGAAUGGCCAGUCAUGACGUAUUAAAUUGAUAUAGAAAUACCGGGCAUGAACUAUAGAUAUUCUGAUUUUACAGAAGCCCAUUUCUCUAUAUUCUAUGGUGUUGUUCAAGAAAUAAACGCAUGGAUGUAUGAAAUGUAAAACUAUAUAUCUGACAGUAUAAAGUCGCAGAAUCAAGAAAGCAGUUACUCUGUAUUGUACUAAUAACCGUAUGUAAAAUAUUUUGUCUGUGAGUUAUUUUUGUAAAUUUUCUGUAAAUCAUUUCAUAUUAAUGUUAUUUAUGUCAUUUAUUGUAAGCUGAAAUAGAUAUUGAUGACAGGUAUACUGAUGAAGAAGAAAUCGGCUGCGAUUUUUUGGGGGGUAUGAGUUAUCUAUGCUACGGACUCAUUGUUUUGUUUUGUAAGUUCAGGGUCUUAUUGUUUGGCAUAAUAACACUUGUCCACGAUUACGUUAUCAUACUUAUUUAAAAAUCAAGAAAUUAUGUUAAUUUCCUACGACUACGAAACAGUGGCUACUUUAGACUAAGUUGAAAUAGGUGUGUAGUGCCGUGUGAUGUUUUUUCCAAACGAUACGGGAUUAUGCAAACUUAAUUCCUUAAAUUUUUGAAUUCUCUUAAACGCUUCCAACUAGACUAGGUUUUCGCCGUUUCGUAUAAAAUCCCAAUCUGUUGUGUUCAGUCUUGAUUUUAAAUCUUCGCCAUUGUGGUCGUUUUCUGUAGUGGAAUUACAUGUAUAACAGUUAAUGGUAGCCAAUUUCAAAUUACGUCGUGAUUUGAGAACAGUAUUUCAUUUGAAUAUAAAUAAGCCAUACUGCCAACUGACUUUGCUACUUUGUUUCAUAUUGUAUACCAAUUUGUUUUUAUUGUAUUUACAUGUAGACACAUUACUCUAUUAUUAGAUUGGUCGCAAGCAUGAGCAUAUGUGUUUAUAUGAAGCUCCAAGCAAAAUUUAUUUAUAAUAUCUUUCUCGGAUAUGAUAUAUACUGAAUAUACAUGUAUAUAGAGAAAAGAUAUUUCUCAUACAAAAAUACAGAUCAAUUUCCAUGCAGACUUAGAUAUUUAUGUAUGGUUUAAUUGUGUAUAUCUGUUUAUGAAUUUGGAGUCAGUAAUCUCUUAAUUCAAAUAUAAUUUGAUACGUACACCUCUUUGUACAGUUCUUCUAUUCUGUUGGCAAACAAAAAUAAUCUUGUACAAAAUUAAAUUAGAAUUUCUUACUGUAAAAGAACAUUGUUGACCAAUGUAACUAAUACAAACCAAUAUAGAUACCAUUCGAACUGAUAGAAAAUUCAGACUGUUAUUAUUUUUUGUUAUAAAAUCUAAAUAAAAUGUUAACAUGUU